AUGGGAGCGAGAAUAGCAGUGUCUGUGAAUGUGUGUCUCAAUAGAUGGAACACCCAGAAAGUCGAAGAGGAGGCUACAUUCGAAGCGCUUAUCCAAAAUUCGCUCAUCGAAUCAAAACACCUUUCGAACACAUCAGCGAGCGACAAACGUCGUCAAGUGAUGCACCAUUUCGUCAGACAGAAAGACUUUAUCCUCAAUACCCUCCACAUUUAUACUCCAGACAAUAUUCGCGAGUUGCUCGACAGAGAUGACCACCCGUCUUUCCAAGAUCUUGUAGCCCUCGACUGGACAAGUCUCACUUUAUAUAUAUUGGAUCCGCAACAAACAGAAAUGGAGGAUUAUCAACCCGAAGAUAUACACAUGACAACCCAUCCAAGCAGGAGCAAAAGUCAUUCAAUUCCUAUCUUGUUCAUGGAGACAUUAAACGGACUAGCAAACUCGAUGAGUAUUGUUGCAGAGGCGGUAUAUGCAGAUAUAUUUGGUGCAUACUCUGAUCAUAUCAAGGAUAAGAGCCUUCACCAAACAGUAUAUGGAGAUUCCCGCAAGGUCUUUUCAUGGCAUGGGGCCUGCAGUCAUUUCUGUUUACUUGAAGGUGUCCGUGGCUUGAAAAACAUCACUAUCAAGGGCCAACACUUGAUUGACACCAUGUUCAAGUACAUGAAGUUGGUCACAGAUAAUAUGGAUGAAACGGUUAUCAGUAAUGCUAAAGAUGACCCUGCAACCUGCAAAGUUAAAGAUUCCGACAAUCCUGAUGAGAUUAAGGAUGCUGAUAACCUUCAUGAUAUCGACAAUAUCCAAACUAUUACAGAUCCUAAUAUUGACCAAAUCGAGAUUACAGCAUUAUCUCAAAUACAACUAAAAACAUUUACUCGUAUCGAGGAUCCAGCCAUGAUCACAAAGCGACUCAGGGCCAAACGGCAACAUGCUACAUAUGUCAGAUGGAUAGAGAAAAUGACAAGGCUCUUCGCCAGUGGAAGCUCUGACCGGGUCACCAAAAGCGAAAUCAUUGGAAAGGAUUUGGACAUGGACAUGGUCGGGGAAUCGCGUGGUUCCAAUGGUCUUUAG